GCCCUGUUUGCUUUGCACUGCGCAUUUGACUGGUGCUGCCAGACAGAAGUCAGUGGCUUUUCUUUUUUGCAAACUUUGAGAGAAAACGGGCCCUGGACAUUGUGCUGAGCUGACUGACACCAGAAGGUUUGGGCAGUCUCUGGAGAGGAAGCACUAAAACAGGACUGUCCUGUUGAAUACUGUGGGGCUGGAAGAAAAUGUUCUGCAGUAAAAUGUCUGCCUGAAUUAGAGACUGGCGAGACAAGCUACCGAAAGGCAUCACCCAACCCAGCACUCUAAUACUAGAGAGAGAGACCAGGGCAGGAAAAAACAUCUGCUAAAAACAUACCUGAAAUGAGCAUCUAAGAUUACAAAAAUUGUGAAUGAUCCACCACGAAUAUUCAUUGAUUUUUUUCACACAGUGGGAUAAGUCAGCAUCAUGAAGACUUUAUUUAAAUUACGAAUUCUCCAGUCCGUGUGGACUCCCCAGUCACCUUCUAGAUUAUUCCACAAAGAUAACAAGCGUCUUGUGUCUCAGAUGGUUUCACACUAUGAAUCUAUAAACCGGUGUGAACAGGAACUGCCAGAACACUUCAACUUUGCAAGUGAUGUCCUAGACAAAUGGUCUCAGCUGGAAAAGGAUGGGAAGAGACCUGCGACUGCAGCUUUCUGGUGGAUAAAUGAUAAGGGAGAUGAGGUGAAGUGGAGCUUUGAGGAGCUGGGAUUUCUGUCCAGAAAAGCAGCCAAUGUGCUUUCUGACCCAUGUGGAUUGCAAAGAGGAGACCGAGUAAUAGUGAUUCUACCUCGGAUACCAGAGUGGUGGAUACUGAAUGUGGCUUGUAUGCGAACAGGAAUUGUCUUUAUUCCAGGAACAUCCCAAUUAAGGGCCAAAGACAUUUUCUAUAGACUCCAGGCUUCGAAGGCCAAGUGCAUCAUUACCAAUGACACACUGGCACCUGCAGUGGAUUCUGUCUUGCCUGACUGCCAGUUUCUGAAAAGCAAGCUAAUUGUUUCUGAAGGCAGCAAGGAUGGGUGGCUGAACUUUCAAGAGCUACUCAAGGUGGCACCGGCUGAUCAUAACUGCGUCAAGACAAAGAGUCGAGACCCAAUGCUCAUCUAUUUUACCAGUGGAAGCACAGGACCUCCAAAAAUGGUUGAACAUUCCCACAGUAGUUACGGCAUAGGAUUUACAGUCAGUGGCAGGUACUGGCUGAAUCUGACUCCCUCAGAUAUAUUCUGGAACACGUCAGACACAGGCUGGGUCAAGUCAGUCUGGAGCAGCGUUUUUUCUCCCUGGAGUAGCGGAUCAUGUGUCUUUAUACACAACCUGCCACAGUUUGAACCAGCAACUGUCGCGAAUACUCUCUCAAGGUAUCCCAUAACCACUUUCUGCACAGCAUCAACUGCCUACUGCAUGCUUGUGCAGCAUGGGCUUACCAGUUACAAAUUCAUGAGUCUGCGUCACUGUGUGACAGGAGGGGAGCCGCUCAAUCCAGAAGUGAUGAAGCAAUGGAAAACCCAAACAGGUCUGGAUAUCUAUGAAGGCUAUGGCCAGACGGAAACAGUAACAAUAUGUUCCAAUGUGAAAGGAAUGAAAAUUAAACCAGGCUCUAUGGGAAAGGCAUCUGCACCUUACGAUGUUCAGGUUGUAGAUGACCAGGGUGAUAUUUUGCCUCGAGGAGAAGAAGGAAACAUUGCCAUCCGAAUCAAACCUACAAGGCCAUUUUGUCUUUUCUCUCAGUAUUUAGAUAACCCAGAAAAAACUGCCUCCACAGAGCAUGGAAAUUUUUAUAUCACUGGGGACAGAGGGAUUAUGGAUGAAGAAGGAUACUUUUGGUUUGUUGGAAGGUCUGACGAUAUCAUUAAUUCUUCAGGAUAUCGUAUCGGACCAUUUGAAGUAGAAAGUGCCUUGAUACAGCACCCAGCAGUCGCAGAAUCAGCUGUUGCCAGCAGCCCAGAUCCUAUCAGAGGAGAGGUGGUAAAAGCUUUUGUUGUCCUGGCUCCUGCUUUUCUAUCACAUGACCCAGAAAAAUUAGCUCUGGAGCUGCAGGAGCAUGUGAAAAAGGUGACUGCUCCCUACAAAUAUCCCAGAAAGGUGGAGUUUGUUCAAGAGCUGCCAAAAACAGUUGCUGGGAAAAUCCAAAGGAAGGUAUUAAGGAACAAAGAGUGGGGAAGAGCAUAGCAUCGUGUGGACAGUCGAGAACAAAGCGUCUUUCACUUCCACAAUCAUAUAUCUCAUGUUUUCACUUUUCUCUAUUGGUCCGGUGGUCUAAUAUUGUGAACAAAGAGCAUUAGCAGUGUCUGUUACAGCUGUCCUCCUGCUGCAUUCCUUUUUUCCCCUCUCCUUUCUGUUUGUCCUGUGUGGCCACCUCUCCCGGCCAUUGCGCUAACUAAAGUCACAGCCCUAUUCAUAGGAAUGGCUUGUACAGACUAACUGGAGUCAUUGCUCUGCCUAGGGAGGGGGCUUCUUGCUUCUUUGUUUGGUUCCUUUGUUCAGAACCGGGCUCGGUGUGGGGGGUGCUGCCCAGAAAUGCAAGACCUGAAGUGGCCAACUAAUUAAGCAUAUGAGUCAUACCUGUGGCUCAGAACAUGCCCAGGCAUGCCUAUGCUUACCUGCAGCCUUUCCCUGCCUUCUCUCCUCCCCUGUUUCAAGAGGAGCCAAUCAAAAGUACUGGUGGGAAACUGCCUGAGUUUGCCUUUAAAGCUGGACAUUUUCUGAUCAGACCUCGGAGAAGGUCCUUGCUUUGCCACCUGAUCUGAUCAGCUAGGGAUCUUUGGGGAGCCCUCUCCCCGCUCUCGUUUGUUUUUGAGCGUACUCCCCUCCCACAACGAAUUUGUGCACCCCACUGCUGCAGCCACCACUAGUUAACCCCCCCCCCCCCGCCGGGGCUGUACCCUGGGCACACACCACUCUGCCCUCCGGAACUGUUCCCCCUCCCGAUCAAAGAAGCGGCAUAGUGUAAGGUGCACCUAUUAGAAUCAGGUUCUUCGUCUAGAUAAGUUGUAAUUUCAUUUUGCAUAGCUGUGGUUAAGUUAGGUUUAAAGAAUUGUUUGUAUUGUGCUCUG